CCCGCCCGUCUCGUCCCUCCCCGGGGCGCAUGCCGCCAUCGUUGGAAGGGCUGCCUGUGUUUGAGGCAAAAUGGCUUUCAGUAAAGGAUACCGUGUCUAUCACAAGCUGGAGCCACUUCCCUUCAGCGUGAUGGUGGAAGCCAGGAACAGAGAAGAAUGCCUCAUGUUUGAGUCUGGAGCUGUGGCUGUCCUCUCUUCUGCAGAAAAAGACACCAUCAAGAAUACAUACUCCAAAGUCAUGGAUGCCUACGGGCUCUUGGGUGUGUUAAGAUUAAACCUUGGAGACACACUGUUACAUUAUCUGGUUCUGGUGACAGGAUGCAUGUCUGUGGGAAAGAUUCAGGACUCUGAAGUUUUCCGAGUUACCUCCACCGAGUUGGUGUCGCUGCGAGCAGACCCAGCAGACGAGGAUCGCGUUUCAGAAGUGCGCAAAGUGUUGAACUCCGGCAACUUUUAUUUUGCGUGGUCUGCAACCGGUGCCAGCUUGGACCUGAGUCUCAGUGCUCACCGCAGCAUGCAGGAGCACAGCACUGACAAUAGGUUCUUCUGGAACCAAUCACUGCAUUUACAUCUGAAGCACUACGGUGUCAACUGUGAUGACUGGCUGCUCCGCCUCAUGUGUGGAGGAGUGGAGAUCAGGACAAUUUAUGCAGCUCACAAGCAGGCAAAGGCUUGUCUCAUUUCACGACUAAGCUGUGAACGGGCCGGCACGCGAUUCAACGUCCGGGGAACAAAUGAUGAUGGUCACGUUGCCAAUUUUGUUGAAACAGAGCAGGUGAUAUAUUUGGAUGACUCCGUGUCAUCUUUCAUACAGAUUCGAGGAUCUGUUCCAUUAUUUUGGGAGCAGCCAGGACUGCAGGUGGGAUCCCAUCGUGUCAGGAUGUCAAGGGGUUUCGAGGCAAAUGCACCGGCUUUUGACAGGCAUUUCCAAACUCUUAAAAAUUUAUAUGGCAAGCAAAUUAUUGUAAAUUUACUUGGGGCAAAAGAAGGAGAGCACAUGCUCAGCAAAGCUUUUCAGAGCCAUUUGAAAGCAUCUGAACAUUCAGCUGAUAUCAAAAUGGUGAACUUCGACUAUCAUCAGAACAGGUAA